AUGACGUCUAAUGUUAAAACAGAAAAUAAAACUGAAUUGGGCAUGAUGCCAUCGCAAUUUUUAAACGUUAUAAUUAAUGAUUCCAAUGGUAAUAAAAAAAAACAAACCAUGGCAACAAUUUCGUCAAUGUCAAAAUCAAUGAAACGAGCACUGGAGUCUGAGACCACAAUAAUUCCUAUAUACAAAAAUUCCAAUUUCAAGCAAGCCAAGUUAGAAAAUGGACAUUCCGGACAAAAGGAUGUAUUUACAGUAAAUGAUUUUCCAAUUAAACUGCCGGCUACACUAUUAGCCGAAUGCACUAUAGAAAUUUCAAAUAAACCUAGUAAAAAUUCUAUACAUCACAAUGAAAAAAGUUUAACUAUUAGAAACCGUAACUUAACAAAUUAUCAAAACAAAUUUGCAGUUGAAAAACAGUUAAAAGCUACAGAAAAUGAAGUAUCCGAAGUAGAUAUUCGCGACAUGAUGACAAGCGUUGAAGCUGUUUACUCCGAUGAUGAAGACAUUCCAAAACCCGUAGAACCUUGGAAUUUAGAAACAAAACAACCAGAAAUUCUUUUUCCAUUUUCAUGUGAAUAUUGUCCAAAUAAAUUCAGCAACCGUGGUGCUCUCUGGCAACAUACUGUUGCCUUUCACACUAUUGAAAAAACAUGCGAAUGUAACUUAUGUGGACGUAAAUUUUACCGUAACUGCAGUCUUGCACUACAUAUGAAAAGCCACUCAGACGAAUACAACUGUGCUUGUUCUAUCUGUGGUCGCGAAUUCAAUCGAUUUACCUUAUUGCAGAGACAUGCUAAACUACACUCGGAGGUAGCUCAAUACAAGUGUACAGCUUGUAACAAGUCAUUUGACGAUCUGAACACAUUGCAAUUGCAUGCAGCUGAACAUAAAGAUAAAUUGGCAUGUGAACAGUGUGAAGCUGUGUUCACCACUAAAGAAUCAUUGGAUAUACACAUGGAGGCUAUGCAUGGUGAUCAUCAGGAAGAUGUCAUACAAGUCAGGAUGAAUGGAGGAGAAAAAUCAUACGCAUGCCGUUUUUGUGGUAAAACAUAUGGGGCCAAAGCUAUAGUUAAGAAACAUGAACUAAUCCACACUGGUGAACGAUUGAAGUGUGAAGAAUGUGGUAUUGAGUUUACACAGAAAUCAUCACUAAUGCGACAUACAAAACGCAUACAUCCAACUGCCAACGCAUAGAAUAAAUAAAUAAAAUUAGUACCUUAAAUUCCAAUCUUAAUAACAAAAAUAUUUUUAUAUUUAGUAUAAACAUAAAUUUUUAGGUAUUUAAUUUAUAUAUUACAUAGCUGUAAGAAAAAAUUCAUACUUAAAUAUUAUUUAAUAUUUUACAGCACAGUUAUAAUCAUAAUUCCACAGUUUGACCAACUUAUUUUUAUUAGUCAAAUAUAAAACCAGAAUUUUUACGUAAAGAACUGAAUUAUACUUACUGAAACGUAAGCUUCUAGUUUUUUUUUGAUUAGGAAUUAUAUUUACAUUAAAUGAAUGACUGCAUUAAUAGUAUCCUUUAUAUAAAUAUAAUAUUAUAUAUUUAGUUAUAAUACUCGCGUUUACAUUAAUUAAAAUUACUUAAGUGAUUUUCUAUAAGACUUGAUAAAACUGCCUGUCCAUGACUAUUGUUACAUUUUGAGGUUAAGUCUAAACAAAUUUUAUAUUAUAUAUAUUUUAAGUGGCCACUCUUGAAUGUCCAGAGUAAUCCAUUGCUGUGAUAUGUAAAUACAGGUGCUGGAAUUGGGUAAUAUAAAAAAAAUUAUGUGAUAUAUACCCAAGUCCGAAAUAUACAUUUACUAUAAUCUACAACUUAUGAUUUUUCUUCUGUGAUAAUUCUAGAAACUGAGCUUUUAUUUGUUUGUUUAUUUAGUAUAAGAAGUAUAAAAUAUGUUUAAAUUAGUUGUAAGAUUCUAAUGUUAGUCCUAAAGUCUGUUAAAAAGUGCAAUUUAUUUAAAUCAUUUAUAUUUUAUUUUAAAUGUUUAUUUAGGUUUAUGUAAUCGCUAAUUUUAUUGCCUAAUCUAAUAGUAGGACUUAUUUAAUUCUUAUAUUAUUUAAUACUAGAUUCAUAUAUAUUUUUAAUUGAUUAUCACAAUCCUAAUUAGAUUAUUUAUUAAUUGUUUUUUUAUAAUUAUAACAGUAAUUAUAAUUUUAUUUUAAUUUAUAUAAUUCUUAUUAAUUGUUUCUAUUAAAUCUUUAAACUAAAUUUCAUUCACAUCACUGUACGUUUUAAAACUAAUUAUAAAUCGAUUUUAAUAUUUGAUAAUUAACUAUUUGUCGUUUAAAAUUAACCAUAUACUAUUAGUAAAAAAUAUUCAUGACAGUAAUUAUGCAUAUAAUAAAAUAAGUUAAAGUGGUAAUAAUUUUAAUAAUUACACAUUAGUCAUAAAUAUUUUUUCUGCCUCAAAAAAAAUUGCCUUGUUAACAAUUUAUACAUUAGUUUAUUCUUCUCAUACAUAGUUUGUUAAUUUUCAUAUAUAAUACAUAUAUAUUACAUUGGCCAAUCUACAUAUAAUUCAUUUUUAUACUGUAUGUUAUUUUAUUACUAUUAAAAUUGUUAAAUUUAUAGCUUACAAUGAUAAUAAUUAUAUGAUCUUUAUUUUAUGUUUCUUAAUUGUUAUAUUCCUGUGUGUGGAAAAGUUAUUUAUCAAAUAUUUAUGUUUAAUUAUAACUUAAGUAUAUGUA